AUGAAUAAGAAAAUUACCUUGAUUCUUGGGUUAUUGUCGGUCGUUAUUCCAUCCGUGACUCUCGCUCAGAAAACUUGUGAAGAAACCUUUCAAGCGACCGAGUGUAGCGUUUGCCAAAAAGCAUUAUAUGAUGAUGGAGUCUUAUCUUUUUACACUGGAGUUACCCCUCCAUCUCAAUGUGCAACGAAUAUUAAUUUUGGCAACAUUAUCCUUGAAGAGUACAAAAAUGCAGGUUAUGAUGUGAGCUCCCCGUUUAACUUUACAACUUACGAUGUUGAACCUUUUAAGACAUCAUUGGAUAAGUAUUGCGCAUUAGAGUUUACUUGUGAACAAUCAGAAGUUGAUAAAACCUUGGAAAAGAUCAAGACGGAUUGUGCCACUGAAUUGUCGGCUCCUUUGGAUUUAAAGGCCGAUCCAAAAACCUUGGAUAUUACUACUUUGUUAGCUUACGCUAACUAUCUCACUUAUUAUGGUGGUAUUCCAACUCACGAAGCCAUUUGUUUCAAGAACGAACAAGGAGAGUCUUGUUAUUUAUCAACGCUCACUAAGUUGUUCGAUUUCGCCAAAAAAGAAAGUAAUGGGGAUCCAAACGUUGCCUUUUCUCUUGAUGGGAAGACUUUAUACCUUCCCGAUGGAACCACGAGAGAAGUUCCAAAGGAUUUUGUUUGCGGUGAAUGUUGGACUAAAAUUGCAGAAAUUUACUUGACCUAUAUCGAAGCACAUGAAUUAGAUGAGCAACUUGAAACAAAUAUCUUCGGCGGUCCUGAUAAAAUGAAAGAAGAACUUACAUCUAAAUGCGAGGAUAGUACCGAAGAUGAGGGAAUUGAUGUUGUUGAACUUGAAGGAGUUGAUGCUAAGAGAAGUAUUGGAGAAAAAAGAAACGCAAGGGAUUUCAGAAGAAAUGCAAGGAAAUUCAAGAGAGGUGGUGGUGCUGUCACACACUCACUCUUGGGCAUGCUUAGAGUUUAA